AUGAAUGGUUCUGAAGCUUGGAUAAUUGCUGCGAUUACUUGUGGUUUUGGUGUUUUCAUUCAAACAUGUUAUUUUCUUGUCAAGAUGAUGGGAGUCGAACGAACUGACUACUAUGAAGAAACAGAUAUUCGUACUGUUGAUAUGUCAAAAUGUGAAGUAAAAUAUUGUAUGGGUCGAAUAUGGACAUCAUGUUUAGAUAAAGCAACAAAUCGUAUGUCAGCGAGAGUAUUUAUUAUAUGGUAUCUCAUUGGUUUAUCCACUUUUACACUUAUACCAGUCAUUGUUUAUCUUGCGUACAGGACUGACGCGACCAAAGGGGUGUGA